GAUCCCUUGCCCUGGCAGCAAAGGCACGAGAAUCAGAGCAGACCUAGUCAAUAAGCUAAGUGCAGUAAAUGUCAGGGACAGAAACAUUGCACUUACUUGAUGAAAAGGAAAAGGAAGUUAUUUUAGAAGGAGAGAAUACAUCUGAGAAACAAGAUGUCUCAUGCUGGGAGUCGAUACCAAGAUAAGCAAUACCAGCACCAUGAGAACCAUAGAUCUCAUAGAUACAAGGAAGACAGAAGAGCAAGAAAACCAUACCCACACAAUGCAAGGUCAUGCCAAGACAUCCAAGGCGGCCAGCACUCAAGGACUUCUCCUGUUUGCUCAGACCCUUACUCUAAAACCUCAGGAGCAGCCCAGGAGUAUUUUGGCCCACCACCAGAGUUUUAUCCUCCCAAGGAAAGCUUCUCAAUGAAGUGUUCAAAGGUAUGCACAACAAGAGGCAUUUUGAAGUUCGUGGAAAUCACGGUUAACCUCCUGGUGCUGAUUUGUGUGGGUGCUUCCCAAGCCUCUGUUGCAGGCUUCACGUCCCUUGGAGGCUUCGGAUCCUUCAACCUGAAUUCAGCCUACAGCCCCUUUGAGGGCACGGAGCUGCAGGAGGUGAGGGACCUGGACAUGCAGUUCACCCAGAUGAGAGCCCCUUGCGUGUACGGUGGAGUAGCCUUCAGCUUGACAGGGGCCACGCUCACCCUCGUCUUCCUCGUUGUGGGGGCAAAACCCAUCCAUCAGCUCCGAACAGGGCUGCUGGUAGGCGAAUGUGCCUUCAGCCUGCUGGCUGGCCUGGCGUACCUGGCGGCCGUGGGGCUCUACCUGCACUUUGUCAGGCAGGUGAACGCCACUGAGGUGUGCAGGAGGCGCGAGCGGCUCUACGCGCGCCGUGGCUACACCUCCAUGAACUGCGACGUGCAGGGCGGCGACGCGGCCGUCGGCCUCUUCGGGGUCGUGGCUUCCUGCCUGUACUUUGCCAGCUUUGUGCUCUGCAUCCUCGCUAUCCGCACCGUCCGGGCCUUCCAGAGCCACGCGGCCAAGGCUCAGCACAGCCCCAAGGGCGGUGUUGGAGACAGAAGCAUCAGAAACCACCAUACCGUGCACAGGACCUCUGAAAGCUCCCACAGCGUCCAGGCUCUCGCCACGUUAGUGUGAAAUCAGCUCUGGGACUGUGCCAGAGAGCUGAGGCUUCAGCAAAGGAUGGACACUCACA